UUCAAGUUCUAACCGAAUGCACAACACGGACCACUAAAAGACUGUGUUGUACGUAUUAGAUUAUUGUGCUUUCUGGUCGUAUAAAUAAGUGUAUGAUGGCACUUGUUACAGAGCUAGAGAGCUACUGCAGAUUCGACGACUGAGUCAUUUCACUUUUUCGACAUUCAUUUAAUUGACAUGGAAGAAGCAUGUUCAAACAUUGAUUACUGAAUAUCUUGGUGACUAUAUUGCGUUUAUGCGGAAACAUGCUAGCUUGCGUGCGGAGAAUUGCAUUCAACACUUUUAGAUCUGCUAAAUUCGUUGUAAAUCCGCUAUUACGUCACUCGUCGGAUUAAUCAACUUCACAAAUAACUGCAAACUGUUUCAUUGUUGAAUGUGCCUCUGUACACAGUGUGCUGAUUUUGCAAACUUAGUUGUUAUUUUCCUGCUAAUAAGUAUCUCACAUGUGUAUUUUAAACCCAAUUAAGGUUCUCAUGUUUGAUAAUUGACUCAAACUAUUCAAGAAGUGACAUAGUAAAAGCGAUGGCAAAAAUGUAGAACUUUACCAAAACGUGAACAUUAUUCCAUAUUCGUAAUUUUAAAGAUGGUUGAAGCAACGAAAAGUUAAAAGCAACGAAAUGUGACAUUUCUUUAUACAAAUACCACGCAUCUAUGCUACAUUAAUGUAUCGAUCCAUUCCAAAAAAGUGCCUGUUAUUAAAGUGACCUUCAACGAAAUAAUUGCAUCGAUUUUUAUUUUGAGUAUCUACUACUUUUUACUGGUGCUCUGUUCAACAUGCCAAGGAUUUGUACAACUGCAGGCCAGUUUAUUUUAUGUGACAUGCCGACUUUGGGAGAAAUUUGUUUAUUUUCACCGGUCGUAAGAUAAUUCUUCACGUAGCAAAAAUGGAUAGCAAAACAAUUUGUGUCUUCAAUCCUUAUCAUCAUCGCCGUAAGCCCAACAACAAGUGGUUGACAGUGGUCUUUCUAAGCGUUCUCCUUGCUCCUGGGGUGGUCGAGUGUGGGGGAGGAAAGAGCGGCGUGAGUAGUGGAGUGGAGGCUCAAAGUCUCACAGCCAUUGAGAACGAGACGGUGGUGAAAGUUCGGGACAAGGGUCAAGGGUCGUCCUCCAAUGCUGCUGGUGGUGGAUUUGGUGGGGUUUUUGGCAAUGUCAACUCUCGGACGGGGAAAGCUGGGGGUGGAGGAGGAAACAGCAUCACGAGCAACGAGCUGAACCACCCGUAUGCCUUUAACGCCGUAGACGACGAAGAUGCCAGUUACGACGAGGAGGACGACUCCUCCUACACGUAUGACUCAUUCGAGGACGUGAAAAACACGGAAGAUUCAGAGUUCAUCAAGGAGCACGAUAAGCCGGACGAGCAUGACCACGAUCAACAACAACAGGAGAAACCAAUGAUUGGGAAAUGUUGUCGACUUGGGGAAGGAUUGACGCUGAGAGGAGGCUGUGACAAGAUCCAUGAGCACAAUUUGUUCAAUAAUGACCAGUUCUGGUUCCCUGAAAAAGUUUAUGAUGUUGCUGCAGAAAAAAUGGUGAUCAACAACAUCUCCGAUUGGGAUGUUCACAUGUCGAACAAGAUCCAAUGUCGUGCAGGAGAGCGUGCGGAAAUAAUUUAUGACAUGAGAAGAUUUACGGUCCUAAAGGAUGGGUCCCUAUACGUCUACGCGCACCAGAAAAUCGUUCGCCCAUUGGAUUACUGCAUAGAUCAAGAAUUGGGAAAAGGUCAAGGUCGAGUAGUCAAGGCAUGUUUCACCAAGGAAGAACUAUGUGAUGAUAAGCAGUGUUUGAGAAAGUGUUGUCCCAAGGGAUCCAUCUCUGAAAUUAUUGAAGGACCGACAAGAUUUCGAUGCGAGCGUUCGUCCUUGGUUGAGAAGUACCAUUUCAAUGACUCCAACAUUGUGGCUUCGAAUCCCACUUGUUCCGAUGGGAUUCGCCUUGAGCCCAUUGAGACCUACAACAUUUCCGAUAACGGAACCUUGCAAACACCAUCAUUUAGCGCUCCACUCCUCAGUUAUUGUUUGGACUACUUUAUCGACAAGGCAAAAGGGAAUACAGAUGAAAGGUCUCUCGUCCCAAUCCUCAAAGCCAUGAUUUGUUUUGACACAAAGUACGACGAGUUGGACUCGAAAGGACUAAUCGUACUUCCCCAUGGUGUCGCAGUGGUCUUUGGAAUUACAAUGAUUAUUUCUGCAAUUUGUCUGGCAGUUGCAGCAGUAAUUUCAUGGCGAUUACCUGAACUCCGUUCUCUUCACGGAAAGUGCCAACUAAGUCAUUUGGUUACAAUGUUCUUUUUAUACUUGUGUCUUGGGAUCGUACAAGUGGGGACGCAACAUAUUCCCCAAGGACUCUGUACGUUUUUCGGGGUUUUCAUCCACAUUUGUGCUCUAAGCUCUUUCCUUUGGUUGAAUCUGUUGUGUGUCAAUAUUUACCUAACGUUCCGUUCCCUACGCCCACCUUUGGCUGCUGGUCGUCGAGAUGAAAAUAGACGUUUAUUGUUCUUGUGCAUAUAUGCAUGGGGCAUUCCAGCAGCUUUCUGCCUCUUUCUCUACACUUUGGACUCAUCACCUAGUCGUUUGGAUCCCAUGCCUUUGCCUGAAUAUGGACAUCUGAAGUGCUUAAUUUCAAAUAGAGGGGCAGAGUUUGCAUAUCUCUUUGGACCAGUCGGAGUCCUACUCCUUUGCAAUGGUCUGUUGUUCUGUCUCACAGCACAAGAACUUUUGUGCGGUGUAUGGAGACUUGAUAACUCAGAUUCCAUCAACUUCAGACGAAAAAGUAUGGGAAUUGUUGUGGCAAAGUUGGGGAUCGUUAUGGGGCUGGGCUGGAUCCUAGAUGUCAUUUCUUGGGCCAUUGGAACAAAUUCGCCGUACAUGUUUUAUGCUGCCGAUCUCUUUAACUCAUUUCAGGGCGUGCUAAUCUCAGUCAUUCUAUUGUGGCGAAAACGUGUUCUCGAAGUCCUGCAUCUCAGAAAGCCCUCAAUAACAAAAGAUGAAACUCUAACAGCACGUCCAUUCUUGUCACCCAAAAACGGAAGUGUUAAUGCCAUGUCAAACGGAGAUCAUGACACGUCGUUGGUGAUAGGUCAUGACCAGGACCAAUAAUACUUUGGCAGGAUAAAUGUCUCAGAGGAACAAAUAUGGACAAACGUGCUGGUGUUUUUUUUAGCUAAUUGUGUUGUAUUCAUUGCCAGAAUAGUAUUUUAUUGCUGAUUAUUUUAAAACUGUUAUUAUGCAUGCAACGCAUGAUAAUUAUACCGCUUCAUCACCGACUGACAAAUUUUAAUCAUGUUAAUGAUCUGCUUGCUGCACUCUCAUGAAUAAUAUCCUCCUUGGCUUUUGUUGCCAUUUUUAGUUCGAUCUGAAGAAAUGAUUUGCGCUUUUUAUUUUUGCACAAUAUGUAAUCAGUAUUUUAUUAUUUAUUAUUAUUAACGGUAGCUAAUAUACAUAUGCCUAUGAAGCGUCUGCAGAUUGUGUAACUCUGGUUCUGUUGUCUGUGCUAAAUAUGUAAAAGAUGAAAACACCUUGAAACAAGUGAAACAUAAAUAAGUAAACUCCGUCCAUAAAUUAACGGAGAUUAUACAUAUAUGAAUAAGAUAUAGUUUAUGAUACGAUUGAAUAUAAUACAUAUAAGAAUAAUAAUUGUUAAAAUGUUACGAAUUGUUGAUAUUAUUGCUAAAGUACCUUUUUUCGACUGUUAUAGAGUAAACUCAUGAUCAAUAAGAUUAAAUUUUAUAAAG